AUGCAGAUCCUCGCGGCCAACCCAGCUCCGGGCGGCCGCCGUGGCAAUCCUCCUGUCACCUCUGGCUCCUCGACCAAGGCUUCGCUCCCUCAGCUCACCGCAGCGGAGCGACAAAUCUUGACGUCUAACAAGGGAUGUUUCAAAUGCCGACGCCUCAACGUCGUCAGCUCCACUCACAUGUCCGGGAACUGCCCCAACGGUGCCCCGGACGGUGCCACGUACAUCCCCCUCACCACCAAGUACCCGCACCUCACCACCCAAAGCCAAGCGUCCAAGGAAAAUGUUCGCCCGAAGCGCAUCAUCGCCAGCGUGAACGAGGAGUCUCCAGAAGUCGAACCUACCACCAUCGCCGCUAUUGCCGCUGUAGGAUCCUCUCCCUUGGCACACACUACAGGCAUCCUCGGCACUGGUUCUGACUCUGACGAAUCUGUUGGUUAG